AUGAAUUUUAUAUUUUUGUUUAUAAGCUUCUAGUUUAAUUGCAUCUGCUAAGAAGUCACAACAAUACAAUUGACAGACGAACAAUACUUAUAUUUUUUGGAAAAUGAAAGGCAUUAUAUUGAAGAAAGUAUGUUGGGCAUGCACUUUGAGAACGAUGAAGAUUUAAAACAAAAAUUUUUAAAUUACUCCUCUUAAAAGUUAAUAGAAAAAUACGAGGAGUUUGAUUUAAGUUUGGAUGAUAAUGCAAAGUUAUUUAAAUUUUUUAGUCACUAAGGAACCUAGAUUAAUAUCUGUUUCUUAUAACAUUCAUCAAUAGAUUGUAAAAUUAGAAUAAAUAAUACCUUGUACAAUGAAGGUUUAAUAGUAAAUGAAAUAAUCUCGAACUCAAUAUCACUCCCUUCUAAUUCAUGUUAUAAUGCCUUUUAUAUUGACGAAGAGACUUUUCUUAUUAAUUGUCUGAAUUCCAAUAACUAAAUUGAAUAUAUUCUGUUAAAUCAUUAAAGUGAAAUAUUUGAUAAAAUUAUAUUUGAUUAACCUUAUAAUUGCAACUUAGAUUCUAAGUUUAAAUCCAAUAGACUAUUAAUAAACUCUUUAAAUUGUUCAGAAUCUAUCAUUUUGAUUAUUGAAAUAGAUGAAUUAGAAGGGAGAUUGCAGUUUAAUAAGAAUUUCACAAAAGUGCUUGUAUAAGAAACAUUCCAAACUGAUAGCAUGUUGAUAGACAUUAAACUGUGCAAAUAGGAUUUGAUUAUUUUGAUUUAUAGCACUUUCAUGUGUACUUAUAAUUUAGAGAAUCAUAGUGUAAAUAAAAUAGAGAGUCCAUAUCAAACAUGGUUUCUUUACAUUUAAGAUUCUUGCUUUCCUUAUAUUCUGAAUGAAUAAUCCUCUGUAAAGAAUAGAGAAACCAUCAAUUACUCUUUUCUCAAUUCAAAGGUUAAUGUAGAAUCUUAAAUUUAAAACAUCUACUAUUUUGAGAGAAACUUUAUUUUGUUGUACAAUGGAGAAGCAGAAGUUACUUUUGAAAACUUUUUUGGAGAAAAAAUUCUAAACGUAAAACAAAUUUACAAAUUAAAUACCUUGCCUUUCCUUAUAACACUGGAAUAAAACAACAAGAUUCAAUUUUAUAAGGUUUUAUUUCUUAACAAAGCCUUCAACUACUAAGGUUUACCAUAUUACGGAAUGGCGUAUAAAACCUAAUUAAGGCGCUUUAGCCACAAAAUUUUCUAAUACUACUCAAUUAACUAAUAUUCUAUAAUUUAUCCUAUGAAAAUUGAAUUGACUGGAGAUUUACACAUUAGAAACUACGAGAUAGAUCGGAAUGCUUUUACUAUUAAUUUUAUUAAUCUUUCAAAGACAAUACCUUUCUAUUUAGAUUUAGAAUCAUAUUAGGAGAAGGAGGUUUAAGAAUAUUAAAAUUUCAAGAUCUACACUCAUUAUAGAAGUUUACCUAUCAGGAAGAUUUUGAAACUAAUUUCACUUGAAAUUGACUUUAUUGUUAUAAUUUACGAAAAUUAGUUUAAUAAAAUUUAUGUUCAUAUAAAAAACAAUGAAAUGUAAAAGAACAAAUUAAUAAUGAGCAAAACUUCUGAUGUAUAAAUUGAAUUUAUAUCCGAAAACAUUGAUCGAAUUACUAUAUUUAUUAUUUUUAAGCGUUAAAUCAUGCCAUUUUUAAUUAUUGCUAAGAAUGAAAUAGAAUUGUUAGAUUCUUUUAUGUCUUUAUUAGAUAUAAAAGAAUGCAAGAUUGAUCAAAAGAAAUUAUUCUGUCUUCUUGAUGAUGGUACAGUCUAUGCAUAUCAAUCGACUAAUUGGUACUAUUACUUUAUAGAGAAUAGCAUUUAUUCAGAAGAAUUUUUGAAGUAACAAUAGAAAAAAUAUAAUGAUUUCAGAAUUCCAUAAUUAUACAUUGAUCAUUAAACUUGCACUAUUGAAAUUAUGCCAUUACUACCUUAUUAAAAUAAUGUCCUAAUAAAAGUUAAUGGGUAAAUAAUUCAUUCGCACGUAUUUGUACCAUAUAAAAGAAUAUUGUUAAUAUUACAAAAUGACAAUUUGAUCUCAUUGGAGCUCUAUUACUUUUCCACAAAUGAAAUUCUUCUUCUAUAUUAAAUGCCAUUGUACGAAUUUACCAUUCUUUUCCCGAUUAAAGUCAAAUGUUUAUAAAAAUUGUUUAGCAUAGUAACUAAAAAGAAUGAGUAAGAAUAUUCAUUUACAUAUGAUAUCACUUAAUAAGCAAGGCAUUGCUUAAUAUAGAUUAUCAAAAUGUAUGAUAAUUACGAAAAUAUUGAUUUGAUUGAUAGGACUGGAAUUUUCAGUUAAAUUCUGCCAGACCAAAUUAUUAUACAUUAUCCAUAUUUGAAAAUCAAAUAAAANAAAAAAUUCUAAACGUAAAACAAAUUUACAAAUUAAAUACCUUGCCUUUCCUUAUAACACUGGAAUAAAACAACAAGAUUCAAUUUUAUAAGGUUUUAUUUCUUAACAAAGCCUUCAACUACUAAGGUUUACCAUAUUACGGAAUGGCGUAUAAAACCUAAUUAAGGCGCUUUAGCCACAAAAUUUUCUAAUACUACUCAAUUAACUAAUAUUCUAUAAUUUAUCCUAUGA